AUGGUUCGUGUGACGGACGACUUGGCGUUCUCGCCAGACACCCUUUCACUGUAUCAUGCUUCCGAUCCGCUGCUCGGUCAACUCCCCGUCCUCAUAUUCCACGGGCCCUCGACGACGGCCAACUACACUUUAAAUAGCUCUCGCGUCCAAAUACACAUUCUGUCUUCUGCAGGCUUUCAGUCGUUUCCUCGAAUCACCAUCUCCCCGAGCUCGCCAUUCUACGGAGUCGUCGAUCAUCUACCCCGAGAGAUCCAGGUCGAUGAGGUAUUCCGCGGGUUGGCCUUCGGCCUCUUCAAAUAUUUCUCAGAACUCCCCGACGGAGUCAAAACCUACCUCAGGAAUUUAUAUCCGACCAGAGGGAAGCGCCCUGGUAGCGCCCCGCGUCUCUUUGGCGAACAACAUGCUGCCGGCCUGAUCGCAUCCAUGGUCAAAGGCGACAACGCUGCAGAAGUGAUUGCCUCGUUGCAAGAUGCGCUGCAGCCGCAACACAUUAACAACGUCGAUGUUGACCUUGUUCUCCCGCCAGGCGCCAUUGUGCCUCUGCCACCGGCCGACUGGGAAGAAGUACCGGACAAUGAAGACGACAUAUUAGACCCGUCUCUGAGACAAUAUGGCGGAUAUACACCUCUAAUCAGGUUGUUCGGCGAGCCAGUCUUUUUGCCGACACACAGGCUACGACGCGCCCCAUCAAAACCUACAUCCUUAAAUCGAGGAAGAUCCUUCAACAAGGACCAGAGAUAUGAGCUGCGCAUGAAGCUGGCUGAGCUGGUUGACACGGAAGAAAGAUAUGUCAUGAAGCUUGGCGAAUUGGUCAACACCAUUGCUAAAGAUUUUCGGGAAAGUGCCAAGGCAAGACCAGAGGGCAGUCUCAGUCCUUCAGAAGCAGAAUUGGAAAAACUCUUUCCUCCAUCGGCAGAUCAGAUCCUGCAGCUGAAUUCCGCGUUUGUGGACCAGCUCCGCACGAUUAUGGACGAAACCGAAGAUGAGGCUCUCCGGUACAUGGAACAAACCGCAUCGACUUUGGGCAGCAUGAAGAGCUCGGGUUCAGCUCGAGUAAAGGAUCCCAGUGGUGCCUUGAGCAUGGCUAAACUGUUCCUUGAAUGGUUUCCAAAGUUCACCCAGAGCUACCAAGAUUACAUCAAGGCCAGCCAGCACUUUCCCACUUUGCUCAACUCUUUUCUUGACAAACAGUCCAGCUUUAGACAAAGAGUCAACCAAACUGGCGAGCAGACUGUCAGGUCUAUUCUCAUUGAACCUGUUCAACGACUGCCUCGAUAUAGCCUCCUCAUUGAUCAAAUAGUUGGCUCGUUACCAAUAACCCACCCUGCGCUUCAGCCCAUGCUAAAGGCCAGGGAUAUUAUUACUAAUAUUUGCUCCAUGGACGACCCGUUACCAGACAGGCCUCACGUUGCUAACAGACUGCGAAAUAUGGUUGAAUCGUGGCCAAGGGACUUGGAGCCUCAGGGUCGACUCAUCGCUGCGGCCGAUUUCAUUGAACUUGCACCUCCAUUUCAAGGCGGAACUGACGAGUUGGACAGCGGUGGCGUUUUUCUUCUAUUCGCAGACUGUUUAAUUAUAUUAAGAAAGAUCGGGCUCACAAUGACUGGACGUGAUUUGCUCCGGGAGAUCGACAAGCCGUCCGUUGCGGAGUUGCUUAUUUCCAUGACCAAUGCUGUUGGUGGACCAGCGUCGUAUGAAUUCGCGCUUACGGGCUGGCAUAGCCUUGCAGACGUGCGGUUUACGGAGUCUGAAGACGGCGCGUUAGUGUGGAUGACUUCGACACGAGAUAUGAAGUACUCCCAUGCCGGAGAGUACAAGAUAAGCAAGGCCCCCACAUCUCGGUGCUUUUUACUUCAGGAGGCUCUGGAAGGCAAGGCCACCAAAUGGGGGGAAGAUGUAGUCAAAGCGCGAGUCGAAGCACGGUUCUCAGAGACUGAACGAGAAAACCCUUGUUGGACGCUCAGGUCAGUGCGUAUGCAGGACAGUAACCUGGGCCUGCAUGUGGCUGUCUUUCAAGAAGGCGCCCAUGAAUUGGUCGAGGGUCGAAGAGAACCAGCUGCCAUUCGCAUCGUGGUAGAUCACGAGAAAGGCACAAAAGGAGCGCCACUCGGCCACUACGGAGUGGAAAUAGUGAUAAACUUGUCCAGCAAUAAUCUCAAGCGGGUGUCGAUGCUCACUGCCGGUCUCAAUGGGAAGCAAUUCCAUGAUGACGUUGACCUGGAGGAUUUGCUCCCUACCAUGUCACGUCGCAUCAUUCAGCUACUGAGCAUCCAAUUCAAUGUCAGCAAUGCCAACCUGACUGCUUCUAUGGUGUCCUACUAUACCAAGACGUUGCGGAGAUUGAAUAUCUCGACCAAGGUUGAGAAAGGUCGAUCCUUCCUUGCAGCAUCACCCGUAAAGCUUCUUUCCAGCCUCUGGAACAGCGGCACAAGCAGUUUACCAGAUGUUGUUGUAUCUAGCACGAAACCUCAGCAGCAGGCAUUACUCCAUCGAGCGAAUAGCAUUCACUCCAUGUUUGGUUCGAUAAAGGGCAAGGAUAGCCGCCCCAACACCGCUGACGGACGACCAGAGAACCCCUUGCUGAGACUUGAGCAAACAUUUACUGGUUUUACGGCGGCCCUUCAGUCUCGAAAGGGCACCAUAAUUGGCCGUACAUUACUCAAUCGAUCACUUGUGGAUGAGCUGUCUGUAAAUAAGAUAUACAACAGGUUCAUCGAAACUCCCUUUGACUAUGCAGUCUCCUGCGAUAUCAAUACCGAAGUCAUAUUCGCCGCAUUCGAGAAAUUUCUGCAUAUUGCUUGGGCAGAUCAGAUAGGCCCCGUCAUGACGAUGCAAGCAAUGGACUCUUUACUUGACAGAGCAAAUAAGAGAGUCCCUGGGAAUUUUGCCGACUUUGUGAACUAUCUUUUUCGAGAUAUGGCACCACAAAAUCGACGAGCUUUCAUCACCGUGAUCAAGCUGUUAGCAGACCUGUUAGAUGGCUGUGGGAAUGACAGUGACAGAGGUGCAUUGACGGUGGCAUUUGCUGAACUUCUCGUCACUGAUGGCGAUGCUCAUAAUUACAUCAAUCUACUAGAUCGACUGGUGGAAGACUGCGACAGGAUAUUCGAAGACCAAAGUGCACCUCAGAGCUUCCAUCCCGGCUCCUUUACUUCCGAAUCUAUCGAAUCUGGCUACCGACAAGGCAAGACUCACACGGGCUCCGUCACAUCAAAUGCGUCGUCGCUUCGUCGCAAAUUCGGGCUCAACGCCCUUCUUCGACCGAGUUCACAGGAUGAGCGACCAUCGGUAUGGCGGAGCUUGAGCAAGCACAGGAAUCCCACCACGGGCGACACGUCGAGCUUAUCACGCAGCAUACACGGCACACUGUACAGAGCACCCUCGGUAGAUAACAACAGUCUACCGAAGCGACUGCAUCGGCGUGCCACGUCCAGAGAGAGGCCGUCCAUUGCAGGUGCAUUCGAUGAGACGCCACAACGUCCGACCAGCUCGCACCGCCUCGACUUUCCCCUUGACACCAUUGGCGAGCCCUCUUCCACCGAAAGAGUAGUCUCAAGCACGAAAAGCCCAAAAAAGAAGAGACGAAGUUCGCUAUCAGAUCUUAAAAGUCUCAUGGCCGCUGCAAAACUAGACGACGAGCCACCGCAGCCAUUGCAAACCACGAAGCAGACAUCUGGCAAGAUCAACACCAAACCCGCCACCCCCCAAUCGACAUCUCCUUCCAAGAUUCCGAUCAGUCCCAGCGCGGCUGGUACGAUAGGCGCCUCCAGGCAAAAGGAGAAAGAAAACCUCGCCGACUCGUCUGAAAAGGUUGACAGCCACGCAUCCGAACACUCCGGGGUUAUUUCUUCCAAAUUACCAGAUUCCCUAUCCAAGAUCUAUCGACAUCCCAAAGCCCUGUCGAUAUCUAGCAUCCCUACACUCCGGUCUACUAAGUCAGCAUCUGAUGCAAUAACUAGCCCUGGGAGUCCGACGCGAUCUAAUGCUCAACGCCUCCGACUCCACUCGCCGCAAAAGCUCAGAGAGCGGCUUCAAUCCGAGAAGCAAGUCGCCCAGGAGGUCGAUUCUUCACUGAAAAGCGAACUGUCCAAGAUUGGCGACGAGAUGGCUCGUGUGUACGAUUCUCGGUCAGCCAGCUCUCGGACGGAUGUGUCCGGGAUCGCCACCUCGCUGAAAGAGCUAGAGGAUCGCAUCGAGGUCAUGAUGAGAGAGUUACAUGAGCAGCAGGCUACGACGCAGAAGGAACUAGACACCACCAUGAAAAUCACAGAGGCCAAGGUACGCGCCAUCGACCAGCUUCAUAAAGAGGUUGUGGCGGAAAAUGAGUUGCUCUACGAAAAGUUUAAUGGCGAAUUGGGCAAAAUUAUCAAAGCCAUGAGAGGCAAGGGCAGGGAUGACAAGGAGGAGCUCGUGGUCAAGCUAAAGGAGCAAGGGGAUGAGACGGCGAAGUUGAAGAAGGAGAAUGCUCGUCUCAAGAGGGAAAUGGUAAGCCUGAAAGCCAUGUUGAGAGGAGCAGAUUAA